AUGGGAUACAAUCAUUUUGAGAAUGACUACUCACUAUUCUCCAAAAGGACUUCAUCCUCCACCAUCUUUGUGGCAGUGUAUGUUGAUUAUGUGAUAAUCACUGGCACUGAUUCAGUAGAGAUAGCUAACCUGAAGGCUUUUUUUGACAAACAAUUCAGAAUCAAAGACUUAGGGAGGGUUCACUACUUUUUGGGCUUAGAAGUCCUUUACAAAUUAAAUGGAGUUCUCAUCUCUCAAAGAAAAUUUGCUUUAGACCUUCUUAAGGAAUAUGACUGCUUUGCAUACAGUAGUUUGUCUUCUUCACUUGACCCUUCACUGAAACUAAAGGCCAAUGAAGGAACCUUGUUGCCAGAUCCUACUCAAUAUAGAAAACUAGUAGGAAAGCGAACUUCCUAA